GUUCGGUUCCUCAGUCCUCACCAACAGCUCAUCAGUAAACCUGUGACUGCAAGAAGAAGAAGAAGAAACAGCGAGGGGGGCAUCGACUGAAGCUCUUGGAGUGAAAUGGCGACCGCCGGGAAGGUGAUCAAGUGCAAAGCGGCGGUGGCGUGGGAGGCCGGGAAGCCGCUGUCGAUGGAGGAGGUGGAGGUGGCGCCGCCGCAGGCCAUGGAGGUGCGCGUCAAGAUCCUCUACACCGCGCUCUGCCACACUGACGUCUACUUCUGGGAGGCCAAGGGCCAAACUCCGGUUUUCCCUAGGAUCUUGGGCCAUGAAGCUGGAGGCAUUGUGGAGAGUGUUGGUGAGGGCGUGACUGAGCUGGUGCCGGGAGACCAUGUCCUCCCGGUGUUCACCGGAGAGUGCAAGGAGUGUGCCCACUGCAGGUCAGAGGAGAGCAACCUCUGUGACCUCCUCAGGAUCAAUGUCGACCGCGGUGUCAUGAUCGGCGACGGGCAGUCCCGCUUCACCAUCGACGGCAAACCGAUCUUCCACUUUGUUGGGACGUCCACCUUCAGCGAGUACACCGUGAUCCAUGUCGGGUGCCUCGCCAAGAUCGACCCCGAGGCGCCCCUCGACAAAGUCUGCCUCCUUAGCUGCGGUAUCUCAACCGGGCUAGGUGCCACCCUCAACGUCGCCAAGCCGAAGAAGGGUAUGACAGUGGCGAUUUUUGGUCUUGGAGCUGUGGGUCUCGCUGCCAUGGAAGGGGCCAGGAUGUCCGGCGCAUCGAGGAUUAUCGGUGUGGACUUGAACCCUGCGAAACACGAACAAGCUAAGAAAUUUGGCUGCACCGACUUUGUGAACCCCAAGGACCACACCAAGCCAGUGCAAGAGGUGAUCGUGGAGAUGACCGAUGGCGGAGUCGACCGGGCGGUGGAGUGCACGGGCAACGCCGACGCCAUGAUCUCCGCCUUCGAAUGCGUGCACGAUGGGUGGGGGGUGGCGGUGCUGGUGGGCGUGGCGCACAAGGAGGCGGUGUUCAAGACCCACCCCAUGAACUUCCUCAACGAGAGGACGCUGAGGGGCACCUUCUUCGGCAACUACAAGCCGCGCACGGGCCUCCCCGGCGUGGUGGACAUGUACAUGAGGAAGGAGCUGGAGCUGGACAAGUUCAUCACCCACAGCGUGCCCUUCUCGCAGAUCAACACGGCCUUCGACCUCAUGCUCAAGGGGGAAGGCCUGCGCUGCGUCAUCAGGAUGGAGGAGUAGAGGUAGAGCGCCUGGCUCUUCACCCCUCGCUGCUAUCGUACAACACACAUGUAUCACCUCUUUGCUACUCCCUCUGUAAAGAAAUAUAUUUCUUUAUUACAGAUGAGGUACUUUUUUUUAAGUCAUGGACUUCAAUUCAUUAAAUAAACAGAAGAGGGUUGCUCGAUUAA